UCACAGCCUCCAUCCCUGCCAGUCUGGGUGAGGGGCGCAGGUUGAACAGAGCAGAAGAACAACACCACCACAUACUAACCAUACACGCUGAAACCGGACCUAACACGCAAACUGGAAGGGCUCAGCGCAGCGUGGGUGCCCAGGGAUCCACUGCCUGAGUGUGGGGAGAGCGGUGCCCGAGACCCCAAAGACAUGAACCACACCAAGGGGGGCCUGGUCAUCUUCACGGCCAACUCACACCCCUCGAGCCGGGAGCUGGGCAAGAGGAUCGCAGAACGCUUGGGGGUGGAGCUUGGCAAGGUGCAGGUGUACCAGGAGGCCAACAGAGAAACGCGGGUGCAGAUCCAGGAGUCAGUGCGAGGCAAAGAUGUCUUUGUGAUCCAGACAGUGUCCAAGGAUGUGAACACCACCAUCAUGGAGAUGCUGAUCAUGGUGUACGCCUGCAGAACGUCCUGCGCCAGGAGCAUCACAGGCGUCCUGCCCUACUUCCCCUACAGUAAGCAGUGCAAGAUGAGGAAGAGGGGCUCCAUCGUAUCCAAGCUCAUCGCCUCCAUGAUGUGUAAAGCUGGCCUGACCCACCUGAUCACCAUGGACCUCCAUCAGAAGGAGAUCCAAGGCUUCUUCAACAUCCCAGUGGACAAUCUGAGAGCCUCUCCAUUUCUGCUUCAGUACAUACAGGAAGAGAUCCCCGACUACAGAAAUGCAGUGAUUGUGGCCAAAUCUCCAGCAUCAGCCAAAAGGGCGCAGUCGUUUGCUGAGCGUCUCCGUCUGGGCAUCGCAGUGAUCCACGGUGAAGCUCAAGAUGCCGAGUCAGACCAGGUGGACGGACGACAUUCGCCUCCUACCGUCAGCCGGACCCACGGCGCCUUCCACCAGGGGCCGUUCUGUGUGCCCAUACCAUUGUUGAUGCCAAAAGAGAAACCUCCCAUCACUGUGGUGGGGGACGUAGGAGGACGCAUCGCCAUCAUAGUGGAUGACAUCAUCGAUGACGUGGACAGUUUCGUGGCAGCGGCAGAGACGCUGAAGGAGAGAGGGGCGUACAAGAUCUUUGUCAUGGCAACGCACGGCAUCCUGUCAUCAGAAGCCCCCCGGUUCAUAGAGGAAUCUGCCAUCGAUGAGGUCGUGGUGACCAACACGAUUCCUCAUGAGCUCCAGAAGCUCCAGUGUCCAAAGAUCAAGACGGUGGACAUCAGUAUGAUCCUGUCCGAGGCCAUCCGCCGCAUCCACAACGGAGAAUCCAUGUCCUACCUUUUCCGCAACAUCGGAGUGGACGACUGAACCAAUGACCACACACACGCACACACACACACACACACACACACACACACACACACACCGUUUGCCUUGUCAGACCUCUGUAGUCCAUGAUACUCUCCACAUAUUACUGCUAAUCCUUCCCUUGAGUGCGGUUUAGCGUAGAUGACGACUGAAGUACACACACAUAAGAGUGUUCCAGGGUCUCGGGUACCCGACCACACUGACCCGCCUCCUCCACCUCCUCCACCUCCUCCACCUCCUCUGGACUCAAAGACCCUGUUGGUUUUUCUUACGUUCGUCUGUCGUUAUCGCCUCUUCGUGCGUGCAGUACUGAGUCGUGUACGUCUGAAUGUCCGUCUGAUCGCUAAAGGAGAGUCUACUGCGAGGGUGUCAGUGCCUUCAACAGGGUCAGAACUCACAACACACGGUUCCAGAUCCACAACAGAACUAAGUCCAGAUAAACCCGGCCGGAGGACGCAGGGUCCCGGCUCAUCCACCGGAGUCGUCUUGGCGCACGUGUGCGUUUGUUGGGCUCGUCCCUUUGUUGUUUUCUGUUACGUCUAAAUGUGUCGCUGAUGCUGAAUCCACCCGUCUGAGCGUUAGUGUAGAUGUCUGUGUGGUUGCCAUAGCGCGUAGCUGCUACUAAUCUGGUGUCAAAUCUACUAAUUGCUGAAACUGGAAUUUACACAGGAGUUUUUUUUCCACCAAAAUGUGUCAACCUCAUUGGAUUUUUACAGGUUUUUUGUUUUUGUUUUUUUUUGGCAGUGUACUUGUGAAAUAUAUAGGACGUGCCAUCAUGUUUUUUUGUCUUUUUCCUCUCAUGGCUUCCAGCUGAGCACUAAACCCCACAUACAAACCAGAUGUAUUUAAUGUCACUGCGGUGGAAACGUUACUAUUGAUGAAUAAUAACUGUAAUAAUCCUUGAACACUGGGGAAAUAAAGAGGCAGGAGUUAAAUUAUUUGACACCUAAUACUGAAGUAAUCGAGUAAAUUUGAUCUUUUUUUGACGAGCUAAUAUUGACUGAAGCAGGUCUUAGUCACUGUACCGGACGUUCCAAAAUGUUUUGUAUUUAUUUUCAACACUGAAUAUGAAUAAAUAAGACCAAUGAUGGUAAAGGAC